GAGACAAGAGAGACGGAGAGGAACGAUGGCUGAACUCAGAUGGAUUAAAACGUCUUUACUUCUGAUUCUGAUGCUUCAGUUUACAGCAGCAGCAACAGGACAACUUUACCUCUCCUUCACUGUCAGAGAUGGAGAUGAAGUCACUUUGCCUUGUAACAAUGUGUUAAAGGAUCAUAAGAACUGCGACACUACUACGUGGCUCUUUAUUGAUUCAAGAAGCAGAGCAACAGUAGAGCUGGUUAAAGACGGGGAGAUUGGUGAAACAGCCAAAGCUAAAUCAGACAGACUGAGUGUUUUAGAGAACUGUUCUCUGGUUAUAAAGAACGUCAGAGAUGAAGAUGUUGGUCAAUAUGUCUGCAGACAGUUCAGAUCAGGACGACAAGAAGGUCGAGAUGCUGUGGUUUAUCUGUCUGUUGUUACCAUGACUGAACACAAGGACACUGAUAAGGUGACGUUAAUCUGCUCUGUGUCGUCAUAUGAAGGAUGUAGACACACAGUGAAGUGGCUGCUUCAGGGUCAAGAUGUGGAUAAAGACAACAAAGACUUGAAGACAUCAACGUCUUCCUGCAGAGCUUCUCUGAUGUUUCUGACUUCUCAUUUCGUUUACACAUCGAGGUAUAAGACAGUGAAGUGUGAAGUGACUGAAGGUGACAAAGUGAAGCAGUUUCCUUUCAGAAUUUGGCCCUCAGGUGAAAAAACAGGUGAAGACACAACAGCAACACCAACUGAAGACGGCAUGGAAGCAGCUAAGAAAACGACAACUUCUACAAUCAGUGAUGCUUCACCACAAAUUUGGUGGUACGUCAUUGUGGCUCUGGUUUUAGUAGCACUCUUAAUAAUCACUGUGGCUGUCAUCAUAUGGAAGAGAACUAAAGGGAACACGACACGGACGGACGACAAUGCUGACGCUGGGCAAACCAGUUCAUCACAGAGGGUCACCAAGGGUUCCUACGAAGCGCCAACGUGUGUCGAAAUGGAACGACAACGUGUUGGAAAUACUGACCCAGAAGAAGGUGUUUCCUACGCCUCCGUCAGCUUCACCAAGAAGGCCAACAGUAAAGCCAAGGGUCGGAGUAAACAUGAUGAUGAUGAUGAUGAGGCGGUGACCUACACGACCGUGAAAGCUUCCUCCGCUGAUCCCAGCAGCCUCUACGCCACCAUCACCAAACCAACCAAACAAAACUCAUAACUGCUUAAUCUCUGAUGAUGUUUUUUUAAGAUCAUUUUCAGAAUGAAUUACUGUAAAUAGCUUCCUCUUCAGAAAGAGGUGAAGUCACACUGAUGUCGCAAUGUAAAAAGGGGAAGUAAUAACUCAACAUGUAUAUGGGUGGUUGCUUAAAAUAUAGCUAUAAUAUAUUAGACAUUUUGCUUGAUGAACUUGCUCUCAUGCACUUCAUCGUGCUCAGAUAUGGAGUUGCUAGUCUUUUUUCUGAUAACAUGUAUUUGCCUGUAAUUCAUUCAUGAGCAACAGUUUAUCAAACUUUUUCUCAUCUUGUUUGAUAUGCAAUUAUUUGACCAUUUACGUCUCUUUUUAUCAAAGUAUUCAAAGCAAACUUAUUAAACAGC